AUGAAUCAAAAUAAUUCAUUCAAACACAUUACUAAUUAUGACAAUAAUAAUAACGAUUAUAAUUGUAAAGUAAUAGGAGUAUUCCUUAGAGUUUUUGAAGUGUCUUUCAAAAGUGAGGGGGCAGCUGGGCCUCUCCUGGAACCGAGCCAGCCACAGAUGGAGGCCACGUGGGAAGUAUCCAGCGAGAAUGGAAGGGGCCGAAAGGAGCCCAUAGUGGGAGCUAUCAUGGACAAGCCUCCUGGGGGGCUGGAGGUCGUGAGUGGGUUGGAGGAGCUGCUUGGAGAGGACACCUUCGACCAGGAGCUGGAGCAGCUCUACCUGUCCCACCUGAGCCGCCUGUGGGCUGCCGUGGCUGCUGGUGGGGCAGGAGGUGGUGGGGAGGGUUCCAUAGAUGGAGGGGUGUCCCCCAGCCAUCCCCUGGGCAUACUCACAGACCGCGACCUGAUCUUGAAAUGGCCUGGCCCUGAGUGGGCCCUGAACAGUGCCCUGGCUGAGGAGAUCACGCUGCACUAUGCCUGGCUGGGGCGCGGUAUGGAGCUCAUCAAGGACACCGAGGACCCUGAUGAGGAGGGGGAGGGGGAAGAGGGGCUCUCCAUCAUACCGUCCAGCCCAGAAGGGGACACCCCUAAUGAAUCACCUCCAGAAAUCCUCUCGGGAGCCCCUUCUGUGGUAGCCACUAUGGGAGAUGUGUGGCUCCCAUGGGCAGAGGGUUCUGGAUGUAACAGCCCUGUGGCUCUGGGUAUAGAGGGUCAGUUCAGUGGGGCUCCAGAGAAGGGGACGAGCAAGGACUCUGACUCUUUGCAUGUGAGUAGGAUGAUAUCUGGGGUGACUGGGUCCUCAGGGGCCACAGAAGCCCAGAUGGAGUUUACCACUGAGUUGGCAGACAGGUUGAUUUCUAUAUCUGGCCAGGAGCCAACCACUCUGGUCUCGCAGGGGCAAGAUCUCUCCCUCCUUGGUCCCUUAGGGACUGAAGUCUGUCCAUCCAGCCUGGCCAGGCCCCAUGUAAGCCCCCAGGAUGAAGGGGGUUCAGGCCCAAGCCUUGAGCCCCCAAAGAGGUCUCCUACCCUAGCAGACCCUGCAGAGAGCGUGUAUGUAUUGCCUCCUCAGCUCUGGGGACCCCUGACCCAGACUCUGGGGGUCCUAGCUGUGCUGGUGGCGGUCCCUGUGGCUCUGAACAAUGGUAUGUCCCUCCUGGUGCUUGCACUGUGCCUCUGUCUGGCCUGGUUCUUGUAGGAGCUGCUUGUGAGAUGAGCAAUAACAGGUUUCCCCUCUCUGGGGAGGGGCAGCCCCUGCAUCACCCGCCCCCCUCCCCAGAGGGUUCAGAUGGGAUGUGUGGUCUGUUCAGUGAACAGUCCUUUGCUUCUGAGAAUGCUCGACUGGAGAGAGGCCUCUCUGUCCCUCAGCUCUCCAGUGAGCAUGGGGUUCCCUGUGGCAAUACCAGUGGAGAGAAGUGGCACGGGGGGAUGGUGUAAGAACUUGCAGAAUGGAAUUGGGCAUGUCCUCCCCUCCCACCCCACCCUCAAGCCUGUAUUUAUUUUUGUAUAAUUCUCUGGUUGAGGGAGAGUGGUCAUGAGCUGGUCUUGGGGCACAAUUACCCAGAGAUGUAUUUAUUAACAGCCAACCUGUGCAACCUGCUAGAGCUUUAUUUUUAAUUUAAUUUAUAUAGAGUACCUAUUAUUAUAUGCCACAAUAGAACUCUAUGAGAAACAA